AUGGCCGACUUUGAGUGCCCGAUUUGCACUGAGAAAUAUACCCAAGCGCGAUUCCCAUACCUGCUCGGCUGCGGCCACACGCUAUGCUCGCCAUGCCUCGAGCAGAGCCUGCGUAUCACUUCCGGCGGAGCUUUUGGGUUGAUGACAACGACAAGCGCCAAGUGCCCGACGUGCCGUGCGCCAAUCGCCACGAAGACGAAAAACUAUUCUUUGCUAGGCACGAUUGACGAGUAUCAAAAGCGCCUCAAAGAUCUGGAGACCAGCAAGUCGAGCCAGAAUCGUGAGAAGCUGGAAGUCGCCAAAAAGCUGGAGGCGAUGCAGGUACAAAUGGCCCUCCUCAAAAGCGAAAAAGAGGCUAUUGAGGCGCGAUCGACCAACAUGAUGCUCUCGAAUUCCCAGGCAAGCCAACAGCAAAUCGAGACGCUCCAGGAUAAGAUUGACAAUUUGCAUAUCGAGCUCGGCAAAUCGAUGAGUCUGCAAGCCCAAGUAUCGAAGGCGCUGGGCGAGAAGCUACAAAAAUUGGAAGGGCCCGCUACGCAAGUCGAGAAUCAACCAGAGACGCAGAUUCCGAAGAAUGAUCGGUGUUUCAUAUUAUACGGACUCACAGAACAAGCUACGGAAGCUUCAGUAAGACGUCUUUUUGGAAAUUGGCUUGCCAGCGUUCGAAUAGAUGAGCCACGUUGGUUGGGAACCGCUGUUAUAACUGCGAAAGCUGAUUCGAAAGAGACUUCUGCUCAAAUUCUCGAGAACUUCGAGUGUUUAAAACGGGAGAAGAAGAAACUCAAGGCUUUUCCACUGCCCGGCGAGGCUCCGCCAAAAUUCAGCCCUGCGUUCGACAAUCAGAACACGAUCCCAGUCAAGCAUAAACUGUUGGUGCGGGGCUUGCCCAAGGAUAUCACAAAGGAAAGCGCGGCGAGACUUUUCGAUUCCCUUCAAACGUUCCUCUGGAUUCGCGUGGUGGACGACAUGGCGCAUUGUGUGGCGGAAUUCAGGGACGAGUCCCAUGCGGAAAUGGCAAUUUGGCGAUGGGACAACCAGUGCUACCCGGGUACCAAUCAACGCAUAUCCGUCGAAUAUUGGCGAGUCGUGAAAUCCAACAAGGACAACCAGGUCCGAAAGUACCGU